AUGACUAUUCUACUAACUGGAGGACGUGGCAAGACGGCCAGUCACAUUGCUGCUCUCCUCGAUGCGGCCAACCUGCCUUUCGCCAUAGCGUCUCGCUCCUGCAGUCCCGACUCGAAGUACCGCCAAUUGCGCUUUGAUUGGCUAGAUGAUACAACCUAUGAAAAUGUCCUAUCUCCCAAAGAUGGGAUGCAGCCAAUCUCAGCUGUCUGGCUUGUUCCUCCGCCGAUAGCCGACUUGGCUCCGCCUGUAAACGCCUUCAUCAAUCAUGCCCGGCUCAAAGACGUCAAGAGAUUUGUGCUGCUAAGCGCAAGCAUGUUGGAACGAGGCGCUCCUGCUAUGGGGCAAAUUCAUGAGCACCUGGCUUCCAUGGAGGGAAUCCAUUACACGGUAUUAAGACCAACAUGGUUCAUGGAAAAUUUCUCUUCUCCACACGAGUUCCAGUGCAAGGCAAUUAGGAAAGAAGACAAGAUUUACUCGGCAGCGGAAAAUGGCAAAGUCCCGUUCAUCUCCGUGGUUGACAUCGCCCGAGUCGCGUUUCGUGCGCUGAAGGGAGAUGUGGAAGAAAAUAUUGACCCUAUUCUGCUCGGACCGGAACUGCUCACUUACGAUGAUGUUGCCGAGGCUCUUUCGAAGCAGCUGAAUAGAAAGAUCAAUCAUGUCCGACUCCAAGAAUCAGAGCUCGCCGAGAAAAUGCACGAGUACGGUAUGCCGCUCGAGGAUGCACAGAUGCACGCUUCGAUGGACUUGAUAGUCAGAGCAGGAGGGGAAGAAAGACUCAAUAAGACCGUGCUUGAAUUGACUGGUACAACGCCUCGUACUUUUCAAGAAUUUGCUUCAAGUGAGAAGGACAUCUGGCUAUUGAAGAAUUAA